UCUAGUAACAUGGCCGCUACCCCGUGAGAGCCGCCGGAGCCGGGCGGGAUUGAAUUGCGCGAGCCUCUUAGGCGGCAAGGGUAAGGCGUGAGGGAGCGGGAUCUGGGCCGGGGUUCCGAGGCGGCGCGCGAAGGCGGAGCGAGACAGACGGCCCGGGGCGGCGUGGUACAUGAGCCGGCGCCGGCGGCAGCUUGGAGCCGCAGACUCCCGUGGCCCCGGCGCUGUCCCGGCCGCCGCGGGCUGAAGAGUCGGAGGCUGCAGAACUCCCUCGGAGCUGCCACCAUGAACCCGGAGAAGGAUUUCGCGCCGCUGACGCCCAACAUCGUGCGGGCCCUCAAUGACAAGCUGUACGAAAAGCGGAAAGUGGCAGCGCUGGAGAUCGAGAAGCUGGUGCGGGAGUCCGUGGCCCAGAACAAUGCCGUGCAGAUCAAACACGUGAUCCAGACCCUGUCCCAAGAGUUCGCCCUGUCCCAGCACCCCCACAGCCGGAAAGGGGGCCUCAUCGGCCUGGCCGCCUGCUCCAUCGCUCUGGGCAAGGACUCAGGGCUGUACCUGAAAGAGCUGAUCGAGCCGGUGCUGACCUGCUUCAACGACGCAGACAGCAGGCUGCGCUACUACGCCUGCGAGGCCCUCUACAACAUCGUCAAGGUGGCCCGAGGCGCCGUGCUGCCCCACUUCAACGUCCUCUUUGACGGGCUCAGCAAGUUGGCUGCUGACCCAGACCCCAAUGUGAAAAGCGGAUCCGAGCUCCUAGACCGCCUCUUAAAGGACAUCGUGACCGAGAGCAACAAGUUCGACCUGGUGGGCUUCAUCCCCUUGCUGCGGGAGCGGAUUUACUCCAACAACCAGUAUGCGCGGCAGUUCAUCAUCUCCUGGAUCUUGGUUCUGGAGUCUGUGCCCGACAUUAACCUGCUGGACUACCUACCGGAAAUCCUGGACGGACUCUUCCAGAUCCUGGGGGACAACGGCAAGGAGAUUCGGAAAAUGUGCGAGGUGGUCCUCGGGGAAUUCUUGAAAGAAAUCAAAAAGAACCCCUCCAGUGUCAAGUUUGCUGAGAUGGCCAACAUCCUGGUGAUCCACUGCCAGACCACAGAUGAUCUGAUCCAGCUGACCGCCAUGUGCUGGAUGCGCGAGUUCAUCCAGCUCGCCGGCCGGGUGAUGCUGCCCUACUCCUCGGGGAUCCUGACCGCUGUCUUGCCCUGUCUGGCCUACGAUGACCGCAAGAAAAGCAUCAAGGAGGUGGCCAAUGUGUGCAACCAGAGCCUAAUGAAGCUGGUGACCCCUGAGGACGAUGAGCCGGACGAGCCGAAGCCGGUGGUACAGAGGCAGGCAGAAGCCAACCCCGACAGCUCCCUGGCAAGGCCGGAGGGGUCAGCCAGCGGAGGUCCAGAUGGCUCCUGUGACUCCAGCUUCGGUAGCGGCAUCAACGUCUUCACUCCAGCUAGUGCCGACAGGGCCCCAGUGACCCUUGACCUCGACGGGAUCGUGCAGGUGCUGAACUGCCAUCUCAGUGACACGGCCAUUGGGAUGAUGACCAGGAUUGCCGUCCUGAAGUGGCUGUACCACCUCUACAUCAAAACGCCCCGCAAGAUGUUCCGGCACACGGACAGCCUCUUCCCCAUCCUGCUCCAGACGCUGUCGGAUGAAUCCGAUGAGGUUAUCCUGAAGGAUCUGGAGGUGCUGGCAGAAAUCGCCUCGUCCCCCGCGGGCCAGACCGAAGAUCCAGGAUCACCUGAUGGCCCUGACCUCCGGAUCAGCCACCCGGAGCUUCAGGUGCCCACCCCAGGCAGAGCGGGCCUGCUGACUACCCCUGGUACCAAAGGCUUAGAAUGUUCUCCUUCCACGCCCACCAUGAACUCCUACUUUUACAAGUUCAUGAUCAACCUUCUCCAGCGGUUCAGCAGUGAACGGAAGCUCCUGGAGGCCCGAGGCCCUUUCAUCAUCAGGCAGCUCUGCCUCCUGCUGAACGCAGAGAACAUUUUCCACUCGAUGGCAGACAUCCUGCUCCGAGAGGAGGACCUCAAGUUCGCCUCGACCAUGGUCCACACCCUCAACACCAUCCUGCUGACCUCCACCGAGCUCUUCCAGCUGAGGAACCAGCUCAAGGACCUGAAGACUCUGGAGAGCCAGAACCUGUUCUGCUGCCUGUACCGUUCCUGGUGCCACAACCCAGUCACCACGGUGUCCCUCUGCUUCCUCACCCAGAACUACCGGCACGCCUAUGACCUCAUCCAGAAGUUUGGGGACCUGGAGGUCACUGUGGACUUCCUCACGGAGGUGGACAAGUUGGUGCAGCUGAUCGAGUGCCCCAUCUUCACAUACCUGCGCCUGCAGCUGCUGGACGUGAGGAACCACCCAUACCUGAUCAAGGCCCUGUAUGGGCUGCUCAUGCUGCUGCCACAGAGCAGCGCCUUCCAGCUGCUCUCCCACCGGCUCCAGUGUGUGCCCAACCCCGAGCUGCUGCAGACCCAAGACAGCCUGCAGGCGGCCCCCCGCUCCCAGGAAGCCAACACCCCCAGCAUCGACUAUGCAGAGCUGCUACAGCACUUUGAGAAGGUCCAGAACCAGCACCUGGAAGUGAGGCACCAGCGGAGCGGGCGCGGGGACCACCUGGAGCGGAGGGUGGUCCUCUGACAGCCCGGCCCGCAGCUGGGCCACUCCAGUGGCCCGAUGACCGCUCAGGGCCCUCAGGCCGCCUCGUGAAGGGCCCCAGGAUCUGCCUCUCGGGGCCAGGGCUGGACCUGACCACCAGCCCGGGGCAGGGGGGAGGACGGAGGCUGCCGCGCCGUGCUCCUCUCGGCCCAGCCCAGUCUGCUGGGCCCCAGGGCCCAGGGCUGAAGCUGCACCCCAGCAUUCAGACAGAGCUGGCUUUCCCGGGCUGGGGCCACAGGCACAGGCACCUCUGGAUUGGUCUCCCCUGCCUGCCUGCCAGGCACUGGCCCUGUGUGCACGCUUGCAUGUGUGAACACAUGUGGAUGCACGUGAGGCCAGCACAGAGACUUCUACUGAAGGAUGCUCGCCCACCCCACCCCUGCCCCAAUAAAGAAAUGACAGAAA